AUGAAGGUGAAGACCCAAGAUUGCAUCCAAUUCCCAGAGGACGUCGACGUCUCUGUGAAGCACCGCGUCGUCACCGUCAAGGGGAAGCGCGGGACGCUCACCAAGGACCUGCGCCACCUGCAGCUCGACUUCCGCGUCAACAAGAAGUCCCGCACGUUCACCGCCGUUCGCUGGUUCGGCAACAAGAUCAACAACUCCACCAUCAACACGGCACUCUCGCAUGUGCGCAACAUGAUCACGGGUGUGACCAAGGGCUUCCGCUUUAAGGUCCGCUUUGCCUACGCGCACUUUCCCAUCUCCGUCUCUGUGGAGAACCAGCUUGUGGAGAUCCGUAACUUCCUUGGCGAGAAGCGCGUGCGCCGCCAGGUCAUCCCAGAUGAUGUGAAGGUGUACCGCACUGACGCCGCUGUGGUGAAGGACGAGCUCGUGCUGGAGGGCAACGACCUCGAGAAGGUCUCGCGCGAGGCUGCCGUGAUGCACCAGCUGUGCCUGGUGAAGAAGAAGGAUAUCCGUAAGUUCCUGGACGGUAUCUACGUGCAGACGAAGACCAACGUGGUGGUGGUGGAGUAA